GUAAGCAUUGUAAAUUACUGAUGGCAACAACAAGAUAGACGCUUUUUUAACAAGGAAACUGUGGGUGCUAAUUGUUUGGUUCCUUGAUUCUCUCACAAUCUAGAAUGAUAUGUCCAUUCCUUUGUCUUCUUGGCAUUCCAGUAAUUUAGUUUUUAAAUGGACAUUCAACCAUAAUACUUUCUAUAGUUAAUGCAGGAUUUUUGUGUCUGAAAAGGAGAUUAUAAGGAUAGCAGACUGGUUUGAAUUUUGGAAGAAAUUGGACAAGGAAUAGCUGUUUGAAGAUAGAACUUGAUAGAUGGUGAGCUGUAGCUGAGUUGGUGAUGUAACUGAUACAAAAUGGCUGACAGCUUACACACAAGUGCCUCUAGAAACCCUUUUGGUAGUACAACUGUGGAAGAACAGGGAGCCACCAGGCACGAUUGUCCGUCUCCCCUCAACCCCUUCAGUCUUCCACCAAGGUCUACCAGUCCUGGCAAUCCUUUCGCUUCACCUGUUACCCCUCCUGGCAAUCAUCCAGAUGAAGAAGUGCUUUCAUUUGGCGAUGUCUGCAAACCAAUGCAACCUUCCAGACUAGAGGAUAUGAUUCCCGGGUCUGCGUCCAGGACAAAAAGUGAUGUUGAUACAAUGUCUCAUGGGCCAUCAUCAAAGAAAAUGGAUGGUGUCUUUGAAAACCAUGUUCCUGAUGGCCCCAGUUCUGGAACGUCCGAUUGGGUGAACAACACAAACAAUAGCAACCGCGCAGAUGAGACCGCAGAGGAUGUUGGUUUUGGUGAUGACUUUGGUUCCUUGAGCCACACUGAUGUGAUCUUCAAGACCGGAUUCAUGGAUAGCAACUUCAAAGCUGUAGCAGUCACAGCCGAGGAGGAUGAUCUUUGGUCCUCGUCAUUCAUUAUGGAAGAUCUGUCAGCCAAUGAAGAAUCUCUCCUGUCAUCAGGUGACCAGGAAUCAACAAAUCAGAGAGCACAAACAUGCGCAGACUCAAAUGUACAUAUUGAAGUAGACUUUUUACCAGACUUGCCUGAAGGUCAAUGGCAAGAAGAUUCCAGAGAUCAGCACUUUGCCAAAGAAAGCAAUCCCGUCCCCGAUUCCUGGAUGUCAGAAGACCUAACUUUUGAACAAUCACAACAGGUUCAGAACUCACCAGCAGCUGAUGUUGAGGAUUUGUUUUCCAGGGGAGGAUCAGAUCCCUGGGGAGCUGAUGCCAAGAUGGAAACUGCAAAAGAAACUGGACACCACCAAGCGGAUGGAUUGGGACAGGAUCCAUGGACUCCUUGUAAAAAUGCCAAAGAGGCUGAUGAUCUCAAGUUAGCCAAACCAAAGACCCUUGAUCUUUCUUCCCCAUUGUGUAAUCCAUUUUCUUCAAGGAACAGUGUAGGCACAAGAUUGCAGGAUCCUUCAAGUCCCUUUCAAGACGAUCCAACCAGUCCAUUUCACCCCGACUAUGAUCCAGACCUGCAUAGUUCCCAUCCAAACUCAUUCUCAUUUCCAGAAUCAUCCAAGCUCCAAGGAGGUACCUCAAGCAGUCAUAGCGAUCCUUGGAGUCCUAGUCCUACCUCUUGUAACCUCGCCAAAAACCAUUCCCAGGGAAGCAGUGCAUUCCACUCUCAGAAUGCUCUGACUACCCACGAUUCAAGCACAAAUGCAUCCCAGUUUUCUGGAUUAACUCGACCACAAGAAAGUCCAUCUGGGACUUUAAAAGAUCACUGGUCUCCUAGUCUUACCCCUGCCAAUGGAAAAAGAGAUUGCUCUGGAAGAAGUAGAUCACCUAAUCCUUUUGCACCUGUUGAAGAUGCUGCUAACCCUUUCUUGCCUGAUCUGGAUCUACUGCCUGGAAAGCUAGAGAGGAUGAAUCAAAGAGAGGUGAGUGUCCAAGAGUAUGCAUGUUCCUUACUAGUAUUUCCUAGUACUAACAACAUUCUCUGUCGUGUGCUGCAGGUAUUUCUUUGUAGCACAUGUAGUACGAGACUGGUAGUAGUAGUUCUCUGCAGUUUGUAAUCCUGUUCUGUUCCUGUGAGCUUGGGUUUAUUCCAUUGAUGUGGCACUGUAACCAAUCAAAAAUAUAAACAAAGUGCAAGUGCUCCCUCUGUCCAAAUUGGACUCGAGUUUGUGCUUUGCCAUCCUGUGACAAAUUGCACCUAGGCUUCAGGGCACAUGAGAGUAAUUCAUCUGCGUGCAAAGCAUGUCGGACAGGCGUAAGUAAGGAUCACAUGACUUUAUUGAUUAAAAUAAUUCAUUAAAAAUACACAAAAUGUUUGUAAACAAUGUCAUGUUCAUACUCAUUCAUAAUUAAGGCCUUUGGGAAGCUAGAAUGCAUAUUUGUAUUUCAUUUUUAUCAUUAUUACCCACAAUGCAGUUCAAGGUUUUUCUUGCGAU